AAAUGAAGCAACUUUGAACACGUCCGCAUGUGAGAUAGAAAAGUUUUACAGCUGGCUGUCUAACGGCAAUUUACGAUUUUCAACUUGGAAUCGUCAAGACGUCGUCACGUGUGUGUCAUUCGGUGACAUUUUUUCAUAGUUUUUGGGCCAAGUGACGUAUUGAUAACAAAAUAGGAAGUGUUUUUCGAUUGUCUGCGUUUUACUUAACGUCUAGACAUGCCUUGUCUUCAAAUUUGAGUAACAUUUUGAUAAAUAUAUAUAUAUAUAUAUACUACGUAAUCGUAAAACCCGGAAGUGCCUAACUUCGGAACAAAAACAUAUACAAGAACGUCAAGUGUAACGUGAAAACAAAGUUUUAUUAACCUCAAAUCAGAAGUUGGCGAGAGAGUGAUUUUCCGAAAGGAGGAGGAGGAUACCACCACCAAUUUUGGAAAAAAAGAAUUGCGCUCUCGCAUCGCAUCGAUGUGAGAGAGUCGGUUGAUGGACGCGUUAAUAAUACUUAGUAAAGAAAAACAAGUUGCUGAGAGCCGCGUUUUACACACAUUAGACUUUGGAGGGGGUGUUGACACUUGAUUCGUGACAUCAUAGUCCUAUGACUAAUUCGAUUAUACUUUUCGUUUGUAUAUAUUCUUAUGCGUACAAGUGAGAUACAAUAAAAUUUUUAAGAUGAUAGCGUCAGAAAUUGGCUCAACAAACACGGAGCCUGUGCAUAUCAGAGUUACAAAUGAGAAAGCUCCGUUGAUUAACGGAAGAGGUGUGCUUCAACGAUUGAGUAACAUUUUCAAGUUCAGAAGUACAGCGCAUUCCGAAGGAGAUGGCUAUGUUGAAUUUGGUAGUCUCGGUGUGGACAGCGCUCGUACAUUGGGAACUUUUGCCGGUGUAUUCAGCCCGGUUACAUUGUCUAUGUUCAGUGCCUUAGUUUUUAUACGAAUGGGUUACAUUGUUGGCAAUGCUGGAUUACUUAUCACUCUAAUUCAAUUUGUCAUAGCGUAUGGCAUUUUGUUGUUUACGGUAGCCUCUGUUUGCGCCAUCUCCACAAACGGAGCCGUAGAAGGUGGCGGUGCUUACUUUAUGAUUAGCCGCACGUUAGGGCCUGAAUUUGGUGGUUCUAUUGGAACUCUUUUUUUCAUGGCCAAUGUAGUAUCCAGUGCGCUUUGUAUUUCUGGAUGCGCCGAAGGUUUGGUUGAAAAUUUUGGUCCGUCUGGUUACCUAAGUGGCAAAGCAGGACUCAUACCGGAUGGACGAUGGUGGAGAUUUUUAUAUUGCUCCGUAUUGAACACUGCCAAUCUCGUAGUUUGUCUCAUCGGGGCAGCGAUGUUUGCAAAAACUAGCGUUGCAAUCUUGGCGAUUGUCUGUAUCUGUUUGAGCAGUGUUUUUAUUAGUUUCCUGACGCAAGGUGCAAUGGAGAUUGCAAUUCCGGAUGCAAACACGUUGGUUCAAAAUGUAACGGAACAUAUAAAUGGAAGUUAUACAGGUCUUAUGUUGUCUACGUUACGUAGCAAUUUCUACUCGAACUACAGUGCCGAUUACUCAAGCGGAGGAACUCUGACGGAUUUUGCCAGCGUUUUCGGUGUGCUGUUCAGUGGUGUAACCGGAAUAAUGGCCGGGGCUAAUAUGAGCGGCGAAUUAAAAAAUCCCGGCCGAAACAUUCCACGUGGCACAUUGUCCGCGGUAUUGUUCACUUUUAUAUGUUACAUUUUACUGUCCCUAUUGACAGCAGCCACCACCAGUCAGUUUUUAUUGCAAAAUAAUUUUAUGUACAUGAUGUCGAUUAAUUUAUGGCCACCGUUUGUCGCUGUCGGCAUUCUAACGGCAACUUUCAGCGCUGGUUUGAGCAAUUUGAUCGGUUCCAGUAGAGUAUUGGAAGCAUUGGCAAAAGAUAAUGUAUUUGGUUCGGGAUUGAAUUUUAUAAUACAAGGCACGUGGCGCGGCAAUCCAAUAACAGCAGUUUUAACCUCGUGGGCCUUAGUUCAGAUAAUCUUGCUUAUCGGCUCGUUAAAUACUAUCGCGCAGGUUAAUUCAGUACUAUUUCUAUUAAGCUAUCUCGCUACCAAUCUUGCAUGUCUUGGGUUGGAACUUGCUAGUGCGCCAAAUUUUAGACCGACAUUUAAUUACUUUACAUGGCAUACGGCGACAAUUGGUCUUCUCGGUACCCUGAUAAUGAUGUUUGUAAUUAACAGCAUUUACGCAUCCAGCAGCAUUAUAUUGUGUUUAAUUUUGAUUAUCGUGUUGCACUUGUUCUCGCCGAGUAAAAAUGCACCGUGGGGCAGUAUAUCUCAGGCAUUGAUAUUCCAUCAAGUCAGAAAGUAUUUGCUGAUGUUGGACUCCCGAAAAGAUCACGUCAAAUUCUGGCGUCCCCAAAUGUUGCUGAUGAUCGCGUCUCCGCGUUCCGCCUGUCCUCUCAUUGAUUUCGUGAACGAUUUGAAGAAAGGCGGACUUUAUGUAAUCGGGCACGUAAAGGUUGGCGAAUUUACGGGUCAGAACAUCGAUCCCACGAUCGAAGAGUAUCCGCACUGGUUGAGUUUGGUUGAUCAUUUGAGAGUUAAAGCCUUCGUCGAAUUGACCGUGACGAAAACUGUGCGCGAAGGCAUGCAACAUUUGAUCAGGAUAUCGGGAUUGGGGGCGAUGAAACCGAAUACAAUUGUGCUCGGAUUUUACGACGAGGAAACGCCGCGAAACUUCUUCCUAGAUUCUCAAUACGCAACACCGAUGUUCGAGAAUAUCACGACUCUUCCUAACAAUACUGUUUUUCCUUUGAGACAAACCUCCUCGGAUGAGAAGAAUUUGGAUCCGAUUCAGUACGUCGGUAUGUGCUCCGACGUUUUGAGAAUGAAAAAGAACUUGUGUCUGUGUAGAAACUUUCAUCUGUUGAACAAAUCACAAUUAACGAAAAAUUCAAAUUUGAAAUACAUCGAUGUGUGGCCGGUUAAUUUUUUCCAACCGACAGAUCAAGAUCCGUUCGAUACAACGUCGCUGUUUAUGCUUCAACUCGCGUGUAUCAUCAACAUGGUCCCAAGCUGGAAAAACUUGCAUCUCCGUGUGUUCCACUGCGAGAUCGCGGACAGCAGUGAGAGCAUGAGUAUCUCAGAGUCGCACAGUUCGAUAAACGAUCCGAGAAUCUCGAACGAGCACAGAAUAAGAAAAUCAUUGAAUCUGUUGAGAAUUUCCGCGUCGAUCAAAAAAAUUCCGGAAUGGGGAGAGCAAGUUCGGGGGUUGCAAGGUAGAUCUUUGCUCGAGCCGAAAACCCAAUACGACUCGAGUACCGAAUCGAAUAAUGUUUUGAGUAAUGUGUCACGGGCUUAUAUAUUGAGCGUAAAUCAAUUGAUAAAACAUUAUUCUACCCAAACCGCGACAACGUUUAUUUAUCUACCUGCGCCACCGGUCUCGAGCACGUGGGACGAGGAUGAUAUGUAUCGGCAGUAUUUGCAAUCGUUGACAGAAUUAACUGUAGAUUUGCCGCCGACAGUUUUGGUCCACGGCGUAAGCGCCGUCACGUCAACCACAUUAUAACGAAUUACAUGAGUAGACACUGCAAUAUUUAUAUAAAGUACUUCUUGAUUAGACGUUUAAUCCAAAAGUAUACAUUUAUUCUAGAAGUACACAUUCUAGAAAUAUACAUAUUAGAAGUAUGCAUUCUCUUUAGAAGAAUACAUUCUCUCUCUAGAAGUAUAUAUUCUCUAAAAGUAUACAUUCUCUGUAUGUAUAAAACAUAAUGUUUGCGCGUUUCUAUAAACUACAGUGUACCGAUCACGAAAAAUAUCAUUCGUAUUAAAUGUAAAGAGAGAUUACUAGACGAUUAUUCUUAAUCUGUUAUACAUCUCUCGUUACUACUAUCACUUUGAUACUUUUAUUAACACAGUAGUGUUACUAACAAUAAGUAUUGAUUUUAAAUCUCUAGAAAGAACGCUUUUUCACGUCCAAAAUAAUUUAAUAUUGUAAAUAUUAAAAUUUAUUACUGUGAUAAAACAAACGUACUGUAUAAGAGAGUCUUUAAAAACAAUAUUUUUUCAAACUGAUGACUAAGCGGAUCUAAAACAGUGUAAAUAUGUCUUAAUGUUUCAUAUAUAUAUAUAUAUAUGUAUAUAUAUAUAUUACAUAUAAAUAUAGAAUCCAAUUUCUAACAUUUACUCUUUUAUACUGUGGAUUUCAUAUCAUAGUAUUAUAGGUAUUAUAUAGUAUU